GAACCAAAAGGACUUUAGCCAAAAGGCAACAGAAUCUCCAGUUGGGUGUGCAGAUCCUUGUGCUGUAUAGUGCAGGGUAAGGGUUUUGUGCACCUGAGGCCGCUGCCGGAUUGUUGUUCCCUUUGCUUCUGGUCCUUCCUGCCUUGGUCCAAGGUGACGAUAAAGUUCUGAAGUUUCUCAGCUAGCCCCGUAAAAGUGGACCCAUGGCUUCUCUGGCUCUAGUUGUGCUCCUCAUCCUCGGGGUUCCCAUCAGCUCCGGCUCUGUGGUGCAGGUGAACUCAGGCGUGCAGGUCCUCAGAGGUGGAUCGGUUUCCAUCAGUGAGUCAGUUCUAAAAAUCCGCGUGGAUCCGAACUCUAACUGUAAGGUGGAGGUGGUUUUGAACGAGCCGGUGACCCAGAGGGUGGGGAAGUUGACUCCACAGAUGUUUGAUUGCAGUUUCCUGAAGGACGAGGUCCAAUAUGUCCACAACGGGAGUCCUCUGCUGGAUAAUGACACGGUGCUGCUCCGAGUGUACAGAUUCACAGCCUUAGAAACGCAGGUGGAGAUGGUGGUCCUCCAGGUCCGGGUGGUGGAUGAGGGAUCCGGUGUGGUGCAGCAAGGCAGCACUCCAUUGGUGGUUUCUGGGUUCUUUGGUUUGUCCAACCCCAUCAACAGCACUGUUCUGAGCAUCAGGGUUCCAGAGGACCUGGUCUGCACCAUUAGGCUGAUGACCGCAGAGACCCAGUUUCCCAUGGCGGGUCGGCUGGUCCGUGAGGAGGACUCGGUGCUCCGCAGAGGCCGUCAGGUGGAGGACUUCUGCCCUGGAAACCAGCCGUGUCUCCACCAUGUCACUGAGGUCCGGUUCCUUAAAACCAGCUGCCAGGACUUCCUGAGCUCUGGCCUGAAGUACCAGCACCUCAGUCCUCCAUCCCCCAGAACCGAUUAUCUUCCAAUCCGGGUGGAGCUAAGGGAGCAGGGGACGAGGAAGCUGCUGGAGUCACAAGCCUUUUGGCUGCCGGUUCUGAUCAAUGGAGCUGUACCAAAUCAGCCCCCAAAGGCCAGCUUUAUGGCCUCCUUCAUCCUGGAGGUGGACCUGUUCAUCCUUACCCCCUUCAGUACCGCAGCACUGGAUGCCACAGACUCGGAAACACCGCAGAACCAGCUGGUCUUUAACGUGAUGGUGCCUCCAGCGGACGGAUACAUCACACACCUAGAGGACCACACCAAACCCAUCCGGUCCUUCACCUGGCUGGACCUGCAUGACAUGAAGGUGGCCUACCAGCCGCCAAACAGCAGCCAGAGCAUCCGCCAGAACCUCCAGGUUGAGUUCCAGGCGAUAGAUGGAUCCUUCAUGAACAGCCCACCUUUCCUGGUCCACCUGUCCAUUAGGGCGUCCGAAACAAACGCACCCAGAGUCUCGUGGAACAUGGGUCUGAACCUUCUGGAGGGUCAGUCCCGACCAAUCACAUGGGAGCAGCUGCAGAUCGUGGAUAAGGACAACAUUGAUGCCGUUUACCUGGUGGCUGUGGACGGACCGGUGCACGGGCGGCUCAGUGUCAGAGGUGGGAAAGCCUUCAUGUUUCGUGUGCGGGACCUGAAGGAGGGUGUGGUCAUCUACCACCACUCUGACAGUGACUCCACCCGUGACCACAUUGUGUUCCGCAUCAGCGACGGCCGUCACAGCAUCCGACACAAGUUCCCCAUCAAUAUCCUGCCCAAAGACGACUCCCCACCCUUCCUCAUCAACAACGUGGCGGUGGAGGUGCAGGAAGGCGGGACGGUGCAGCUGCAGGAAUACAUGCUGCUGGCCUCCGACCUGGACUCCAGCGAUGACUUCAUCCUGUACCAGAUAGUGUCCUCCCCCCGUGCAGGCCAGCUGGUGAGGAAAAGCUCCACCCAGGAGACAGUUGUUCCUGUGGACAGUUUCCUGCAGAGAGACCUGAUCCAGGGUCAGAUCUACUACCAGCACUCAGGAGACGAGACAUUUGAGGACUCCUUUGACUUCACGCUCUCUGACCGCCACCAGCCGCCCAAUCUGUCACAGACAUACACAGUGGUUGUCCAGGUGUUUCCGAUGAAGGACCAGCUGCCGGUGGAGGGUCCUGGUACCGUCCGCUCUCUGACCGUCAGGGAGACGGAUGUCGUCCACAUCUCCAGGUCUCAGCUGCUCUUUAUAGACAGAGAGAACCUGGAUGCUGACCUGACCUACACGAUCACGCAGUCUUGUUUCAGCCCGCUUCAGCCCGGAUUGAUGGAUGCAGGACGUCUGUUCUACACAGACAGCACCAACUCUAUGAAGAAGGACCACAUGGUGCCGAUACUGAGCUCCUUCUCUCAGCAUGCUGUGAACCACAUGAAAGUGGCCUUCAUGCCCCCAGUGGAGGACAUAGGUCCAGACCCGCUGUUCGUCCAGUUCGUGUUCUCCGUCAGCGACCAACACGGCGGAACCGUCUCCGGUCUGGUCUUCAACAUCACUGUGACGCCUGUGGACAACCUAUCCCCUGAGGCCUUCACCAACCUGCUGCGGGUGGAGGAGGGAGGGAGCGCCUUCGUGACAGAGGAGCACCUCCAGGUUCAGGACCGGGACAGCCCUGACGCAAAGCUGCGGGUGGAGGUUCAGAGGACGGCGCGUCACGGCCAGUUGGAGCUGCAGGGCGAAGUUCUGCUGAAGGGAGGCGAGUUGAGGCUGGCUGACCUGAGAGGACUGAGGCUCAGAUACAUCCAUGACGAUUCUGAAACCAGCGAAGACGAAGUUGGUCUGAGAGUGACAGACGGCCUGAACUCUGUGGACGUCCUGCUGCAGAUCCAGGUCCUGCCAAUGAACGAUGAGCCCCCUCAGCUGGGCGGGGGUCUGCGGGACCAGCUGAGCUGUGUGGAGGGCGGGCGGGUUCAGGUGACGGUGGACUAUCUGUCAGCCACAGACCGGGACAGUGAGGACUCCAGGCUGACCUACAUGCUGGCCCGUAGUCCUGGCAGAGGGGAGCUGCAGAGAGGCGGAAUGAUGACAGAUAAGUUCUCCCAGCAGGAUCUGCUGCAGGGUCACGUCUACUACGUCCACUCAGGUGAAGAGAUCGGGCCUCACCCGGUGUUUGACACCGUUACCCUCAUCAUCUCUGAUGGCGAGGCUGGGGUGGUUAACAGCUGUUGCCAUGGAGAUGCUCCACCGCCACCGGUUCCUCUGCACGGCACACUUCCUGUUUAUGACCUGAACGUCACCAUCCUUCCUGUGAACAACAAAGUUCCUAAAGUCUCUCUGGGGGAAUCCCCAUUGAUGGUGGAUGAAGGCUCCAGGGCCUGUCUGUGCGGAGGGGUUCUUGGGGCCUCAGACCCAGACAGUCCAGCAGAGGACCUGACCUUUCUACUGGAGACUCCUCCCCUUCAUGGCUUCCUGGAGAACGUGCUGCCGAUGCCUGGCUCAGAGAAGAGCAAUGCGGGAAUACCGAUAGAGUCCUUCAGCCUCACACACCUGACCUCAGGUCUCAUCAACUAUGUUCAGUCAGAGCACAGAGGAUUGGAGCCGACAGUGGACCAGAUGUCCAUCAGUGUGAGCGACGGCCUGUACAGCUCCGCCCCUGUGCCCUUCUACAUCAUCAUCAACCCAACCAAUGACGAGCCACCGUUGCUGCUGCUCACUAACUUUACGGUGAAAGAGGGCGGUUUCAUGGAGCUGACUCCAUCCAUUCUGGAUGCCUCUGAUCUGGAUGUCCCUCCAGGCAUCCUGACCUUCAAGGUGGAACGCCCACCGGCUCAUGGCACCCUGAUCCGAGCUCCGCAUGGGGAGGUGGGAGCUGAACGGCUGCAGAAGAGCCUCCCUGUCCCCUCCUUCACCCUGCAAGAACUCAGAGAGGGGAUGAAGAUCCUGUACCUUCAUGAUGACACAGAAACCCUGGAGGACACCGUGCUGCUGCAGCUGACAGAUGGCGUGCACUCGGUGGAGGGGACAGUCCGGGUCACGGUGAUGCCGGUCAAUGACAACAAGCCGCACCUGAUCAGGAAUGCUGGGCUGGACCUGGACUUUGGGGAGCGCAGAGUGAUAUCCAGCAUGGUCCUGGAAGCUGCAGAUCUAGACACGCCUCCAGACCAGGUGUUCUACUUCAUCAAUGCCGCACCAACAUUUGGAAAACUCCUGCUGAAGACAGAGCCCAGCUGGGCUGAGCUUUCAGCUGGUCAGAACUUCACCCAGGAGCAGGUAGAGAUGAACCAGGUCUGGUACCAUCACAGAGCCAGCAGCGCCGGGUUCAGAGGUCAUGACAGCUUCCGGUUCAUCCUGAGCGACGUGGACAACGAGUCUCCGACUCAGAGCUUCAUGAUCUCCAUCCGUACAGUGAACAGAGGUGAGAUCAUCCUGAAGACCAAAACCGUCCACCUGAGGGAGGGGCAGCAGGUGGUCCUUAACACUGACAUGUUGCUGGCAUCGGACUCCUCGGGUCGACCUGAAGAGCUGGUCUUCGCUGUGUCUACCCCGCCCCGACACGGCCUCGUCCACGCCGUCCAGCUUCCCGGUGUCCCUCUCAUCAGCUUCACUCAGCUGGAUGUGGCGGCGCACCGGAUCUGCUACACUCACAACAACGACCACCACUCAGAGGCCGACUCCUUCAGCUUUGUCGUCACAAAUGGGGCCUCAUCCCGCAGCGGCACGCUCCUCUUCACUAUUGAACACAGCGACCGCAUCCCACCAACUUUAAAGAUCAACGCAGGUCUCCAUCUGAAGGACGGCUCCACCGCCACCAUUAGCCCUGACCUACUGCAGCUCACCGACCCAGACACCGCCACCGCCAAUCUGACCUACAUCAUUACCCUGCUGCCCACCAAUGGAGAGCUGCUGCUGAGGGGAGCCCCACUGCCUUCCCCACCCAGGUUCCUCCAGAUCGACAUCGAUCAACUGGACCUGGCUUACCGGCACAACCCGGGCAACCCAGUAGAGCUAGACCGCUUCUACUUCCUACCAAGUGAUGGAACCAACAAAGGUUACCUGGAGUUUGGCCAGUUAAGAGAGGAUCCUGCAGUAUUUAACAUCCAGGUGGAACCGGUGGACAGAAUGUCCCCAAGUUUAAGCCGCAUGGAGACUCCCAGUACCGUUGUGGAUCUUGGCGCUGGCCGUUACGGUAUCUUCAUCACCAGCAGACACCUGCAGGGAUCGGACCCGGACAGCCCACUAGAACAGCUGGAGUUCUCCAUCAUCAGUCCGCCCCGAUUUGGGUACCUGGAGAACGCAGCCACAGGAGCCUCCAUCAGUCAGCGGUUCCACCAACUGGAUCUGGAUCAGCGCUCUGUUCUCUACAUCCUUCCAGCUGAUGUGGACGUUACUGCUGACAGUUUCCAGUUCUGUCUCGUGGACCGGGCAGGAAACCGGUCUCCACCUCAGAUGCUUGAGCUGUUCUGGUCCCGGGUCCAGUUAUCGGCGAGCUGCUAUAGAACCUGUGAGACUUCAGGAACUCUGCAAAUCCAGAUCCAGCGCAGCGGCAGGAGUGUAGACCCAGCUUAUGUCUCCAUCCAGGUGGAGGAAGGUUCUGCCAAACCCGGCAGAGAUUUCACCCACAGCUCAGCCGCUCUGAUCCAGUUUGACCCAGGUGUGAACAUGAAGACCUGGAACGUUUUCCCGCUGGAUGACGGUCUGGAGGAGAACCACGAGACCUUCAGCAUCACUCUGAAAAGCCCUCAGAACGCCGUGCUGGGUCAGAGGACUUCAGCUACUGUGGAGAUCAUCGACCCCAGAGAAAGACGCUGUGAUCCGAAGGACCUGAAGGUAGAGACCACUCCUCUUCCUCUUCCUCCUCCUCUUCAUCCUAAGGAAGGUGGGGAUGAAGACCCAGUCAUUGACAUUGAGGCGGAGCUUCUUUGGGAGAAUCAGCCUCACCCUCCCAGAGGAGACGUCCCGGACCGCCGGCCUUACCUGGACUAUGAAGAGGUUCAGCCGCAGGACCAGGCGGUAAAAGAGCCCAGAACCAGGCAGACCUCCAACAGCCACCUGCUGAGAGGACAGACCGACAGCAGGACCAGAGAUGCACAGAAGUUUGGAAGUCUGACUCCUCUUAAGAUGGAAGAGCUGCAGCUGGAGGGAGCAUGGUGGAGACAUCAUCCACACGGUCUCCUCCCACAGGAGCUGGACACCAGAGAAGCUCCUCAGACUGGUCCCCCAGAUGCUCCUCAGACGGAUCAUCCAAGAGAGCAGCUGCAGCUCCCACUGAGAGAGGUGGGGAGCUCCCUCAGCAGCUCGUGUCCUGACGGAUGGACCUUAUACAGGAGACGCUGUCACAUGGUCAGCCCGUCCCUGGCUAGUUGGGCCAGUGCGGACAGAACCUGCUCCCUGCUCUUCAACAGCAGCCUGAGCAGCCUGCACUCCAGGAAGGACCUCAGCUGGAUGUGGAGGUUUGCUGGGAAGAAGUCCUUCUGGAUCGGUGGGUCUGGGAGUCAGGACGGCUGGAUUAGGGCCAACAUUCAGUCAGCUGGCCCACUUAGUGACAGUGCUGACCUCAGCUCAGGCUGUGUGCUGGUUGAAAACCCCAGGAGAUGGAUUUCUACCAACUGCUCAGCUGAAGUUCAGCACUCCUUCAUCUGUUCCUCAGAGCCCGUUCCUCACUGAAGGCAGCCAUGUUUACAGUCUGUGAACCCCUCAGAUCUAAAGUCCAUAAGCCGCUCUGUACAGAAUUUUAAUAAAAACCUAAAAAGCUUCUGAUACUUUCUU